UGUUACGGUACCUACGAGGUACCCGUCCUCGGUCGUGAUGUGCGGGAAAUUUCGGACAGAAUAAUAACCCAAACGACGACCUUGAUCCCGACCCGACCAGUUCAACGCGAAUCGUCCAACGUUCAAAUGUCGGCAUUGAAAAUGUUGCCUCUACGACAAUCUCGACGACUAUACCCGUUACCAAGGCUCUACCCUUCUGCACGACUAUUCAGUACAACUAUGGCGCAGUCUCAGAGAUACCGUACAGAGAAAGAUACCUUUGGAGAGUUGCAAGUACCAGCCGAUCGUUACUGGGGUGCCCAGACACAACGUUCGCUACAGAAUUUUGAUAUUGGCGGACCAGCCGAACGCCUACCUCCUCCCUUGAUUAAAGCUUUUGCUGUUCUCAAAAAGGCGGCUUCCAUCGUGAACGUGCAAUAUGGAAUGGACCCCAAGAUUGGUGCAGUUAUUCAGCAGGCUGCUGACGAUGUCAUCUCAGGAAAGCUCAUGGAUCAUUUCCCUCUGGUCGUUUUCCAAACUGGUAGUGGAACCCAAAGUAACAUGAAUAUGAACGAGGUCAUAUCGAAUCGUGCCAUCGAAAUCCUGGGCGGAGAGCUUGGCUCAAAGAAACCUGUUCAUCCUAACGACCACGUUAAUAUGAGCCAGAGCAGUAAUGACACGUUUCCCACCGCAAUGCACAUAGCAGCUGUCACCGAGAUCCAAAACACUCUCAUCCCCGCCCUCACGGAGCUGCGAGACGCUUUAGAUGCCAAGUCCAAAGAAUUUGAUCACAUCAUCAAGAUUGGGCGCACACACUUACAAGAUGCAACUCCAUUGACGUUGGGUCAAGAAUUCAGUGGUUAUGUUCAGCAAAUCAGUAACGCGAUCGAACGCGUGAAGGCAGUGUUACCGCGCUUAAGACUGUUGGCUCAAGGCGGGACUGCUGUGGGGACUGGCUUGAAUACCAAGAAAGGCUUUGACGUAAAAGUUGCCACAGAAAUAUCCAAGAUAACUGGCCUGGAAUUCAAGACUGCCCCCAACAAAUUCGAAGCUCUUGCAGCUCACGAUGCGCUUGUAGAGGCGCACGGCGCUCUCAAUGUUGUUGCCUGUUCUCUCAUGAAAAUUGCUAACGAUAUCCGUUACCUCGGCUCUGGUCCUCGCUGUGGCCUCGGCGAGCUAAGUUUGCCAGAGAACGAACCUGGAAGUAGUAUUAUGCCUGGGAAGGUCAACCCGACACAAUGCGAAGCCCUGACCAUGGUCGCAGCUCAAGUCAUUGGUAACCAAACUACAGUGAGCGUCGCAGGUGCAAGUGGUCAAUUCGAGCUAAACGUUUUCAAACCAGUGAUCAUUAAGAACGUGUUACAGAGCAUUCGCCUUCUUGCUGAUGGUUCACGUUCAUUCACUAAGAAUUGUGUUGUUGGUAUACAAGCCAACGAAAAACGCAUCAAUUCACUGCUUAACGAAUCGCUCAUGUUGGCCACGAUCCUCAACAGUCAUUUAGGCUAUGAUAAUGUUGCAAAGUGCGCUAAGAAGGCUCACAAGGAAGGAACGACAUUAAAGGAAGCCACCAUCGCACUUGGUCUUCUCACACCGGAAGAGUUCGACGAGAAAGUGAAACCAGAGCUGAUGUUAUACCCUGACCCUGAAAAUUAAAUCGAGGCUCGCUUAAGUAACGGGUCACUUCUUCGGAAUACUACUACACGACACCUCGACGAAUUUGUUGAUCCAGUAGUCUAUCGUAGAUUUUUAUUAACCAGACAAGGAUAUAGUAUUCUUCUGAUGUUUCA